GUAACGUUAGCUUCUCGCCGUCGUUCGGACGCUCCGCACCAGGCGUUUAUUAUAAAAUACUCACGUCUUCUUCCUCCUUACUUCUUGUUGACUCUUUUUCUGCUGGAGAGCACAAACACACCCAUAACGCGAGUAUAAUAAAUAAAUCAUCGCGUUCCCGCAGUGUUGAUAAAUUAGCAGAGAGACAAAUUAUAAAAAAAUUGUGUGCGAAAUAAUACAAAAACCGAGGUUGUUUCGUCUACGCCGCUGCAGCUGCCAAAGUAGACGAAUUGUACACAACGAUUGCAUCGCGUCCAAGUGAAAGAGCCGGUGCAACGCGACACCCCCGAAUGCUCCGAUAUCGAAUUCAAAAUAAUACCGACGACGAAAUCGCUCCGUUUGUUAUGAAUCGUUGAGAUAGAGUUCGCAGACUUGAAACCCUUUGCGCCGCGAACUUGUGCGUGUGUCGUCGAUAUACGCGCAUAUCAUACGAAUAAAAGAGACGAACGAACGAUGCACAGUUUUAUCAGCUGGUUUAUCUCGGCUGACAGUUGAUAUAGUUGCGUGUGCGCGCACGCCACACAUAUAUAAACACAUAUAUAAACACAGUGACAUCUAGCAUAACGACGACAACAAAAAUAACAACAACAAGUGCGCAGAGAGCAAGUGCAGUUUUAUUAUCGUCGUCGUAGGCAUCGUUGACCCGUGUCCGGUGAUUGCGAUUUUUGUACGAUUUCUUUAUCGAGAAAUAAACAAAGUUUUCGAGAGAGAGAGAGAGAGAGAAAUACAAAUAGACAAGUGCACCGGUGUCAAGUGAAAGACACGGAAACGAACAGUUUCGAAAAUAAGUUCACGAACACACGUACGUAUACAGCGAUUUAUAAAUACCUGGACAAGGUACUGGUUGGCUACUACGUGCUCCGGUGGUGUGUGCUGUAUAUGUGUACUGUAUAGGUAUACGUACACGGGUAUACAACACGCAUACCUGUGCGAGAGAGAGAAAAGGAUUUUCCAACAGCACAGCUGAACCAGAGUGAGAGAGACUCUACGAGAGGAGAGCGAAUAUGGCCGCAAAGCGAAAGGCCACUGCCAUCAUGCAGCACCACAAGGAGAACAUAUCGACUCCAGAGCCAUCUGACAUAUCAGAGGACGACCAUUAUUCGAGCGUACUCAUGAAGGAUCCGGACAAGUUAAAGCUGAUGCUGUUAGCGUGGAACUAUCAGAUGCAGCACCAGGCCCAGCAGCAGGGCGGCGUCGUACCGCCCGGCCUGGUGGGUCCACAAGCCGCGGCGGCGGCCGUCGCAGCUGCCGCCCAGCAACAGUUGAGCAACGGCGGCGGAAUCGUCAGCAACAGUAGCAGCGGUGGAACGGGCAACGGCAUAGCCAGCGCCCUGUCACCGGCCAACGGCGCCACAGCUGGUAUGGCAAGCAACGGUGGCCAGACCUCGUCGACGCAGCAGCAGCAAUUGAACGCCAACUCGCCGGUGUCGUCCGGAAUCAACGUCAGCAGCGUCAAUACAUCGUCCUCGGGGAAUCUCACCUCUUCGACCCUCACUGAUUCUCGCAACGGCAACUCCGAGCCGAACGACAUGAGCCAGAGCGUCAACUCGGCGUCGAGCGGCUCGGCCACGACUCCGGGCGGUGCCGUCGGGCCCAACGGCGAAGACAUGGCCACGCUCUGGGCCAAUUACCAAAUCAGCCUGAAGAAGACGCCACCCCCGGGCUCCGGGACACCGUCGCGCGAUCGCGACCGCGAGCUCAGCCCCGCCGGCGAGGGAGCCGGAAGCGCCCACGACGAGACAAGCAGCAGCGGCAACAAAGAGGACGAGGACGACGACGACGAGGACGUGGACGAGCGACUCGAUCCACGCCAUCACGAUCCCGAGCGGCUCAAAGCUUUUAACAUGUUCGUGCGCCUGUUUGUGGACGAGAAUCUGGACCGCAUGACGCCUAUCUCGAAGCAGCCCAAGGAGAAGAUCCAGGCGAUCAUCGACAGCUGCACCCGCCAGUUCCCGGAGUUCGCGGAGCGCGCCCGGAAACGCAUCAGGACGUAUCUGAAGAGCUGCAGGCGGAACAAGCGCGGCAGGGAGGGCGCCUCGUGGGACGCGGCAAGACCCACUCCGGCCCACCUGACUUCCGUGCAGGCCGAGCAAAUCCUGGCGACGGCCUGCGAGAACGAGAGCGACAACGCCAAACGUAUGCGCGUCGGUCUCGAGCCCGUAUCCCAGCCGAUGCCCACACUGCCCGCUGCUACUCAGACGGACUCUAGAGUCGGCAUGGAUCACUAUUCUGGGAAUCCGGUAGUCAAACAGGUCAAACGAGAGGACACGCCGCCCACGGCCCAGGCGGCUCACACUCCGUUGACGAGCAUGGCCAAUCUCCAGAAUAGCUCAUCCAACCUGUCGAGCUCGCCCCUGGCGCUAACCCCGUCGUCCAAGAUGCACGCCCAGAGCGACAAUAAGCCGAUGCAGAGCCAAGCCACGAUGAGCUCGACGUCGAACGGAAUCGGCAGUAUCGCCACCGCGGCGGCGCUCGCGGCUGCCGGAACCACCACCGCCAUGUUCCGACCGAAUUUCGGCCAAGCUUUUCAGCAGCGAAACGCGCCGACCGGUAUGCAGCCCGGACAGUUCGUCGGGCUUCAUCCUGCUCAGAGUUUUCCCGCGGGACUGCUCAGCAAUGGUACAUCACGACCUACAGAUUUGAGUAUGAAGAACUCAACGAAACAACCUCUAAUCAAUCACAAACUGAAUCCAACAGAAUUGGCUGCGGUCAGAGCCCUGGUAACGGGCUAUCGAGAAUCCGCUGCUUUUCUGCUUCGAUCUGCCGAUGAACUCGAGGCACUUUUGAUCGCUCAAUCGCAGAUGUCAUAAGUACAUACCCAUAAAGUUCAUGCUUAAUGACAAAACAAAAGAUACUUAGGCCACGCAUACAUACAUAGCAGCAUCAUUAUUAUAAUUCACUUUCUCAAUUACGACAAAAAAAAAAUAAUAAGGAAGAAAAUUUCGCGUACUCGCCAUGCGCGACAGUGGAUAAAAAAAAUUAUCCUUUAUAAUAAUAUUAUAUGUAUGACAGAUGAAUUUAAAGAAAAUUACGACAGCGCCUAUCGGCGUCAUUAAAAUUAUAUAUAGCGUAAUAUAUAUUGUUGUAUAAAUAUAUUCGACGAUACAGGGUGUAAAUAGGAUGAAAUUAUAAUGAAAGAAAUAAAAAAACAUUAAAAAGA